UAAGGAUUAUGGGUAAAACAUAAGGUUACCAAAGACAACCGUGACAAUGGUGGCAGUUUCAGCCCCCGCUGUGUCCUCCCUGCUCUGAUGCAGCGGAUCACCGGCCUCGCUGCGUGCCGGGACCUCGGCGGACUUGCAGCGCGCUCACCCGGGCUCUGCGCCUGGAAAAGAAGCUCGAGCUGCAGCAGGCAACCGGCCGUGCACCGGCAGUGGGCGGGGGUGUUUGUGCGUACUGCGCGUCCUUUCACUGUGGAGUCUUGGGCACACUGCCGGAGAUUGUGCAGGAGGAGGUUCGCGUUCGCCGGUCAGACACACAGACUGUGCAGCUCACAGCCCGGAGACGACGACCCGCGAAGGACCUCCGGCGGUCAGUCCGGUAUCUCCGUGAUCGGCACCCCGGACCCGAUAACAUGGAUCCGGUGUAAAGUCAUCAUGUAUCUCAUCGAUCUGUACUUUGAGUUAGACGUCAACUCUGUAGAGUUUGACAGAGGAGUAAAGCAGGCUUUGGUCCAUGUCUCCAGCAUGAUGUCCAGUGGCAGCUACCACAGGCUGGUGGGGAUAGUAUCCAAUGAGAUGAUUGAUUAUGUUGAGAAGAGGUGCAGGUCGCUCACCGAUGCUCAGAGACAGCAGCUAGCUGUCAAAAUGGACGAUAUUAUAUUUAUGCUGCCGGAAGACGUGUCUGUCGUGUUUGAUCAACACGGUAGAAAGUUCUGCUUCAUCGUCAUGAGGUUUUGGUUCCUGUCAACACACGAAGGCCCUGAUGACCCCGAGGGCACAAAGAUCUUCAAAGUCUCCCCUCGGGAAGAUGGCGGCCCACAGAAGAAAAUAGUGACAGCAGUCUAUGAAUUCCACCGAGAGCUGACGAGAGGAGCCUCUCCUGACUGGACGGUCAAGACUGUUUGGCACUGGCAGUGGAAACUGGCUGAGUGAUUUGACUCGACACUGCAGGCUGUUUGUCAGUCAUCAGGACAAAACAGGGGAGUAGUGAUUGACUGAAUUUACUUAUGCAUAAAAGACAACAUUGAACUGGGCUACGGGCAAAGCGAGUAGCAGACUGAUUGUUGAAUAGACUGACUGUCUAUUAGGAUCCCAUGAAAUGGGAUCCAAGCUGUGCAGACAAACCAGGACCACAGAACUUUAUAAAUGUGCCCACCCUCCUACUGGAACUCAUCCUCCGAAGAUCAGGUGCCUUUACACCCGCCCCUGUGAUUUUACACUAUUGAAAACAGUUACCCCCACACUGUAGAAGACUUUUAAUCUGUCUCUUGCUAAAAAACAUCUGUUGAGUAUGUUGCCAAAGAAUACAAAUUUCACUCCAGGUAGGUUCAUGUACUAGCUUUUUCAACCACAUCUCUGCAAAUUGAGUUUGCUCAGUUAUUAUGGUGAUGGCUCAGUUGUCAUCAUGUGACCCACAUAUGCGAGUGUGUCACGUGUCAACAGCUGCUUGUAUAUGGUCACAUCACAUGAGCAAAGUUCCAUACACACUGUAGGUUGGGUGAUAACCAACCAUGCCCAUGACAAAUCACAGCACUAUCCACUGAGGAAGACUAUGAGAUGCAGCUUAAAGAUCCAGAAAAGGCUGUUAAGUGGACCUUGAUUUUAUUUAUUUUUUUGUCAAACCACUAUUUCCAAGGCCAAGAAUUGAUUUUGACACUCUGUUGCGUAUGUUAAAUCUAAUAUAUUGAAUCAAUAAGUUGUGAGAUCAUACCAAACUGUACCUAUGACCCUUUAAAAUACACAGGAAGUCGACGCAAGGGUUGAACUGUGCCUUAAACUACUUUUGUUGUCUUCUUCUUUGGUGUAGUAUUCAGGGGAGAAGUGCACAGAAUAAACAGAUUCAAGCUGGAGUCUGAAUUUUAAAUAUAGCUAAAUAUUUUAUAUUUAAGACAUUACAGGGCUGUGCAGUCAGAUGUGCUAGAGUGCGAAGGUGCAAACGUUUUAGUCCAUGUUGGACUUUCCUCAGUAAUUCUUUGCAUACACUACAACAGUAUGUCCUUUCUCACAUUGCACUGAUAAAGUAUGGGACUGUACAAAAACGAUGGGGGGGCUGAACUGUAUAUGUGUUACAAAGCCCAGGGCGAGGAAGUAUUGUUCCAGGGCAGAAGAAAACCAGAAAACAGGAGUAAGUUAACCAAAAAAAGGGAUUUAUUUACAAUAUUUAACAAAAAGUGUCUCUAAAUGCACAAUCAACAGAAAACAACUCCCAAAAAGAGAAGCGAGCUACAAGGGUCCUUUCUAAAGGGAACGAAGGUAUCGGAUAGACACAAACGCAAAAGUAGUGAUAGCAAACUGGCACACAAGCACACUGUGCAAACAACAA